AUGGACAAACUAUUUUCACCCCCUCCGCCUUCCUCCCCCCCACCCCCAUCCUCAAUCAACGCCCUCGUCACCGAAAUCGACGACUUCGAAUUCUACCACCACCCCUCCUGGCCCGACAAAUGGUCCCACCCAGAGUUCGAAGCCGCCCGCGAAGACGACUGGGGCAGCGCCCCAUGGCUUGAGCAAACCAAGAACCGCUACACGACGCGCUUCCUCUCCCCGAUGCUCGAGUCGACCUUUCCAUGGGGGUAUAUCAUCUACCGCACCGUGUACACCCCUGAGUCAGAUGAGCAGUGGCCGCUAGCCUUAAAAAAGCUUGACGCGGCACUGGAUCGCGGAAUCGAUUCGGGACUGAAUGCAGAGAGGAAGCGCUCUGCUGAUGGAGUCGAGCGUGACUCAACGCCAGAACGCCUCCUCAAGGAAUCGCGCAGGCAUGUCGUCUUCUCAGAUAAGGACUCCUGGGACGGCGCUUCAGUAGAACAGAUCCGCGUUCAUUUCAAGGAGUACGUCGCUGCUAGCAAGGGCCGCGGGUAUGGCCGGUUUGAGGGGUGUCUGGUGAUUGACGAGCGCUCGCUCAAAUCAAUCAUUGCCGCCUCAAGCCCCCGCCCUCGACUCGGCGAGGGCUUUGUCGGGAUGGUUGACGGGCGGUAUCCCGAAGAAACUGGCCCCGGCUGUGGGGCCGACCCCGGGUAUAAAGGCUUUAUGCGGGUUUUUAUAUCCAGCCUGUGGUUAUUUUACGGCGAGAGUGGGAACACGCGGAUGAUGAACUUAUGUCCGAAGGGUGUUCCCGGGCAUUUGAUUCCUGUUUAUGAUGAGGGGACGGGGACGGCGCAUGAUGAGGAGGGGAAUAAGGUGGAGGUGUAUUUGACAGAGGGGAGGAAUCGCGGGAGGGUGUUUUGA